AUGGCAAUGCAUCCGAACCUCUUCCCCACAGACAGCACACCACCGAGUACGGCGGGCCCUGAUGAAGUCGUCGUUCCGGAUUGGUUUCGAGACACUCCGGCUCCAGCGCCACCAAAGUACCACGUCAAGCCGUCUUCCGAAGACAAGACCAACUCCAGUAACGAAUCACCAGUCAGCCGCCCUAGGAAGGUCUCCGAGAUCAAUAAGGACCAUGGAGCAGACUCGAAUGAUGGAGACUCGUCCGAGAGCGAGGAGGUAGAUGGGAUGGAAGCUGGCGCGGCAGAUCCACAGGGGUAUGAAGAUGCGGCUGCGAAGGAAGAGCACAAGCCCGAGAAGGUCGAGAUUCCUGCCAACUCCAGUGACGAAGAUCAGACAGCUUGGUCCGUCGUGGACAAACCCAAGCGGGUGGUCAAGAAGAAGGACCCAUCAGCUCCCGCACCCAGUAAGAAGGAACGAGACGACCAUGGCGAGAAGUUUCUGGUCAUCAAGGGCCGGCCACCGAAGAUCAUCGAGAAGGAAAUCUCCGCCGCCGCCACUGAAGAGCCAAAGAGCAACAACGAGUCCAAGAUCGAGGCCACAGGCGAGGAGCAGAAGGCUACUCCAGCACCUCCCCUCCCCAAACCCAAGUCCAAGAACAAGAAGAAAUGGAAGAAAGUCGAACUCGCCGAACCAGUCGAAGAAGCCUACAUCCGACCCACCAGCAAAGUCGCAAAGAAGUUCUCUCACUACGCCCACGCAGCAGGCGGCAAAGACGACGCCACUACUCCUCCAACCAACAUCACCGCCGCCGCUACCAUCGCAAAGCUCAAAUCAGACCAAGACGCCAUCAUCCGUAAGAAGAAAUCCAAGGUCGCUGCCGUACCUGUGCCCCUCAAACGCGCCCUCACCCAAAAGCGCCGCGAACAACAACGCAUGGAAGACGACUCGCGCGCCGCGGAGCGAGAAGCCUAUAACCUCAACCACCCCCCAUCACCAUCACCGCAACAAGAAGCUCUUCCCACCCGAACCCGCCUUCAAAAAGCCUUCGAAGCAAUGCAAAAGGGCCAAGUUGGUCCAGCCAUCGACAUCGUCACUGGUCCCAAAGUCCGCAAGCAUCUGCCGAAGAACGUCAAUGAGGACAAGGAGCUGAUGUGGAAGGUGGUGAAGUAUGCUUUCAUCGCUUUCGUGCUGUUCCUCUUUUAUGAGUUGCAUCUUGCUUGA